CUUGUGAGUCCCCGCCUUCUGGUCUGCGCCUGCGCGAGGGGCCAUGGCGGCCUGUCGCACCUGAGGGUGGGAGGCGGUGGCGUCCCCAUCCCUUCGGCGGGCGGGAGUGUCAGAUAGAUACCCAAGAAAACACCAUGAAAGAUACUGACAUCAAGAAACUUCUCUAUACCAAUCUUUUGUGCAUAUUUUCAAUUUUCCUAAGCAUUUUUAUUCCGUCCUUCGCCUUGGACAACUUCUCAGUGUUGGAAACCCACUUGACCUGGUUGUGUACGUGCUCUGCCUGUGUGACCACUGUCAAUCUCUUGUCAUACUUAGUAGUGAGACCAAAUGUGUCCUCUAAAAGAAGUUCAUUGUCACAUAAGGUAACCAGAGUUUUGAAAUGCUGUAUCUACUUUCUUAUAUCUUGUUUGUCCCUUCAUAUCAUUUUUGUUCUAUACGGAGCACCACUAAUAGAGUUGGUGCUGGAAACAUUUUUAUUUGCAGUUGUUUUGUCUGCUUUUACUACAGUACCUUGUCUGUGUUUGUUAGGACCAAAUCUCAAAGCAUGGCUGAGAGUUUUCAGUAGAAAUGGAGUUACAUCUAUUUGGGAGAAUAGUCUUCAGAUCACUACAAUUUCUAGUUUCAUAGGAGCAUGGCUUGGAGCAUUUCCUAUUCCACUGGACUGGGAAAGACCGUGGCAGGUGUGGCCCAUCUCCUGUACACUCGGAGCGACCUUUGGCUACGUGGCUGGCCUGGUUAUCUCGCCACUCUGGAUCUACUGGAAUAGAAAGCAGCUUACAUACAAGAACAAUUAAGAGGAAAAAAGAGAGAAGUAAUUUCUCUGUGCAGAUUCCAUAGGGCUGUGCAGAAGUUACAUGGUCCAAGCCGGGCAGUCCAUUUACAGCACUGUUUCUAAAUGUCAUUUCAACAUGAUGUGAUUGUAGCUUUUUAACUAUGAAACCCCUGAGAGAUUGUACCUUCUAGUUGAAAUAAAGUAUUUAUAGUAGA